AGCUGCUGUUUCUUUCACUCUCCGCAUACAUAUGUAUUUGGAAAGCGCACUUGAGUAAAGCGUCGCACAUCCUUCUCCUUCUCCUCUCACGAGCAACACGUCUGAAGUGUGUCUGUGUGUUUGUGUGUUCUGGCGAGCAAACCGCACCUCGGAGCAACGUGCAGAUCCUUACGCCAGAGAAAAAGAACGGUAUAAGUUUUCGAUCAAGCGAAUAGGGGCACGCUGAUCUUUAACUUCUUUCUGCUUCUUGGAGGUGUUUUGUUUCCUUCGGUCCUGCACUCUUUUUCUUUCUCUUUUCCCUACACCACCAGCUGCUUAGUAAGGCGCUUAGUUACUGUUAAAAAGACAUCCAUAUUACUCUCUUCUCUCUUCAUUUCUUUUCUUUAUAUAUAUCUUUACGUUUUCUCGGUUAGAGGUACGAUUGAACGACGUCGUAGCAGCAGCCAUGAGCAACUGGAAUGAAGAUUACGAGGACGACUUCGAGGAGGAGGUGUCCACCCAUUCCAAAGCUUCAUCGUCGACGGCUGCGGCACUCGCACGUGACAACGCAGCCCGUCUGGCGCCUGCGCCAACCCGGCAGUUUUCGGUAGCAAACAGCUUCGACAGCUACGAGUCAUCGGGCGAAGGUCAGGUCUUUGCCUCCUCGGCACAUGAAUUGGACGCGUCAUCCUCGCAGGCAUCCUCUCGCCACUCCGAUCCCAUGUACCCAACCGAGGCGGCCAAGAGGCCGGUGCUGCAGCAGCAGGAAGGCGCGUACCCAACGGAAGCUCGUGCAGCUCGAUCAAGUAGUCGUGAUGCGGCACAGCAAAUCACCUCUUCUUCCCGUUUUUCGUCUUCUAAAGCAGCCUCGUCGAAGACCUCGUCGUCUUCUCGUAAAGCGACCCCACCGCGGCAAAGCCCGCCGUACGCGCAAGCGGCAGCACCGUCGUAUGAAUCCUCCAAAACAUCGCCCGCGGACACCCCAGGCCGCGCCGCACCGCAGCCGUCGUACCUGCGCUCCGCCUCCACCUCCUCUUCGGGGGUCACCCCCAGCGACAGCAGCAGGGAGUAUGCGGCCCACAAAAGCCCACAGCAGCAACAGCUACAGCAAUACUACGGCGUUCCACGCAGCUCGACAAGCGUGACAGCAGCGGGGAAGCAAAGCGGAAGUAACUCGCCGGGGCCUAUUCAGGGCACGUUGAGCGCGGCGAUGAUGGUCAUGCCCAACACCCGCGACGUGUCUGGGCCACGGAGGACCCCGCUGGACGGGGGAGCGAAUACCCGCUACACUGUAGGUAAGAAGCGGUCGAUUCACCAAUCCAACUACACGUCGGUGGAGGAGUUGGAUGAUGAACCGCUCCCGCACCACAAAGGGAGGCCGCCCAACAUGCACGACGAGGAACUGUCGGACGUCGAAGACGAAGAAGUCAACAACGCGCGACGUGCCCGUUACACUCCAGAAGAAAGCAUGAAGCGUGAAUCGACGGCCGUCGCCCCACCACCACCGCCCAUCCGCAGCCCCACCCCCUCCGUCGCUGCGUCGAGCGACAAGAAACCGUCACCGCAGCCGGCGAGCAACCGCAGCCGUUCCGAGCAAGGCCACGCCGCCACGGCCCUCAAAAACAGCACCGAUGAGGAGAGAAAAGGAACGAAAGCAACGCCCGUCGAGGCCCCACUCCCCGGCGGGCCACGCAGCAAGCGCACCUCUACGUUUAAGGCAUCUCCCUCGUCCGACUCGAAGAACAGCACCACGCCCUACUCCGGUCCGGGGCCGCAGAAGAUUCUCCGCGAGCCCUCCCCAACUUCCUCAUCGGCGGACUCCGCCGAUGAUAAAGGCGGCGCGGGAGAGGAGCGUGCAACGCUGCUCCUGCGCAUUGCGGACCUGCAGAUGGAGAUCGGCACGUGGGACAACCGAAUUGAACGAAAGCGGGCGUUGAUGGCGGCAAACGCCACCCCCAAAACGGCGCUGUCGCCGUCGCUGUCGCCGUCGCCGUCGCGCUCGCCGACCGGCCGAUCUCCGCAGCGCGGCAACUCGAGGGCACCGCCUGCCGCCGCGCAUCGCAAAGCACCGCUGGGGCGAGGCAGAGGCAUUAACGGGAACGGCAACUAUACUAACGAUGCAAAGGCGCGUCCUAUCACCAAGGCACGCCUGGAGGCACUUCGUGAGAAGAACGCGAAGCUCGAAGCCGCGUACACACGCCGCGGCGCCGACGGGACGGGGGCCGUCAACAUCGACGUCCCGGCCCUCGUCUCACGCGCCGACGCGCAGCUGCAGAAGGCGCGCGCGCGGCUGAAGGAGGUGACGGUGGUGCGUCGCGCGUUGGAGAAUCGCGACAAGCGCGCCGCGCACACGAUCGAGGAGGUAAACAGACGCAUGCCCACCGCCAUCGAGUUGCAGGACCGGCAGAUGAACGAGGGCAUCUACUCCCGCGCUGGGUUGCAGCGCUCCUUGCAAGAGCUGAAGAGCAGCAUCGAGCGCACCCGUGGCGCCACGCAGUUGAUGGAGGCGAAGUGUGCGGAGUUGAGUGCCCAGGUGCAGGAACGUCAGCUCUCGUCCAUCACACCAAAGGAGUAUAACGCCCUUCGCAGCGAUCGUGAUGCUAAGAGGAAGACAGCGGAGAAGCACAGGGCGGCGAUUGCGGUGUACAGCGCAGCGGCAGGGCUGGACCCGCGAGGUGGUACCGCGGCGGCUCUGAAUGGUGGGGGUGGGGGUGCAUCAGGGCGGUCUUCUCGCUCCACCUCUCCACGAAAGUCGUCGAUGCACGGCAAAAAGAAAAGUAUCCUGUCCGAACUUACUACAGCAGAACAGCAACUCCUCGCAGACUACGAAACCGGCAAGACGACUCUGCUCGAUGAGGAGAGGGCGACGGUGGACAACCGCAGGCAGGAACUGCAAAGCAGCAUCGACGACCUGCGGCGCCGCAUCCAGCAGCGCACGGAGCAAAUCAAAGCGAACCACGACAACGUCUCGGAAGGCACAGCCGGUGACGCUGCGGCGCACGGAGUCGAAGGCGAGACCAAAGCUUCAGGCACCAGAGCCGGCAGCAGCGGCGCCACCGCGGUCGCACAGAAAAGCUCACUGCGCAACGUCAUUCAAGCGCCCUUGGGCAACGGCACGAGAGAACGAGGGAGGGCGUCGCUCUCACGAGAGCGCCCCGGUGCUUCGCCUCCGGCGCCUCCGCUGGAGGCGGGGGUGGGCCGCGGGGCCAGGAACAGCGCGGCGGCAGAGCGUCUGCGUGGGGCCGUCGCGGCGGCGCGCAAGAACAGGCAGCGGUCCCCCAGCCAAGACUACGCUUCUGCCUCCGCCACACCCCAGAAACCGCAGCACGGUGUACCGUCGACGGAGCCUCCUACAAAGAAAAACCCUAAUCCGCUGCCGCCUUCUACUGGGACAGGCCAGCGGACGGUGCGGGAGGCCCAUCAGCCCUCCUCUUCGGCGUUCACCGCGCUGGCGGACUCCCCAGUGAAGCACACGACUUUAGGGGGUCAUGCACUCUCCGCGAACGGAGGGAACGCUGGAGGCGCUGGCAACACAUCGCUAGAAAAACUCGUAGACGAGGCAGGCGACGUUCGACACCUUAGGAUUGCUGCCGCGACGGCAGCGGAGGAGAUCGAUCUCGACGAUGAUGGCGAUGUUGAAGCGAUGCUGCGUAAGAUAGACGAGGAUAACCGGCGCAUAGGCGAGGCGGCUUUGGGGCGCGCGUCGCAAUCACCGCAGCGAGAGGAGCACAACAGGGUGGGGACAGCGGGGAAGGGAAGGGGCAUCUAUAAAAGCGCUGGCGAACACGAAGUGUACCCCUCCCCAUCCUCUGCGCAUCGUGCUCAGCAAGCAACCUCUCAUGAUGAGAUUGGUGACAUACCGGAAGAUGAGGACGUCGACGCUGGCGAGGGAUCCGGUCGAUCGACGCCGGAGUGGUUGCGCGAGGCUUAA